CUGCGUACUGCAACGUUACGCAUUUUUAGCUAUGAUCGGGGGCUUGCCUUAAAGCGGCUUUGGCUUGAACGACUUCUUCUAACCGGAGGCUGGCCUGACCACAGUAAAUGGACGCACAUAAAGUUACGAAGACCUUUUGUUUCUCGACACAUUUAAAAAACAUCUUUUCCAAAACUUUGCACUCAACAAUAGAUGGAUUACUAGGAUAUUUACAAUUUUUUUUAGCAAUGCACCAGUUACAUCUUACAGUAUUUGGAGCGCAAACUAACCCCAGUUCUCCGCAGGAACUGGAGCUGAAGAAGCUGACUCUGGUUGUAUAACUUCUGCACGACUCUCCUCUCUUCUUCCUCUGCCUGUUUUUCAGUCUUUUUGGAGUCCGAAAGGCAGUGGAUAAACGUGACGUUACGAUUUAAGCGAAUCAUUUAACUUCCAAACUUCCCGUUGAUGUUUGAAGCUGAAAGAUUUCGGGCUUUGGAGAUACAAAAUAUCAGCGUGAAUUUGGAAAGGAAUGCUGAGCAGAAGAGCCGCAUGGAGAGAUGAGGAUGCUUCUAUCAUGGCACUGAAAGGCACUUUAGCAGUUUCUGUGGUUCUGAUUCUUUGCUUUUGUUCCGUUUUUACUCACGAACUAAAUCCAAAGGGCAGGAAUGUGUGCAAAGCUCCAGGGUCAUCAGGGUUUGUGUGCUGCAGCGGAUGGUCACAACAAGGCGAAGAAUGUUUAACACCUGUCUGUGAGGGUAACUUCACUUGUAAUGAGAAUGAGGUGUGUGUACGACCGAACGAGUGCCGCUGUCGUCAUGGCUAUUUCGGGGCAAGCUGUGACACAAAGUGCCCGGCUCAGUUCUGGGGUCCCGACUGCAAGGGCCUGUGCACAUGUCACCCCAAUGGUAAAUGCGACGACGUGACCGGGAAAUGCAGCUGUUACCCCAACCGCUGGGGGGAAAACUGUGAAAAACCCUGCCAUUGUCAGAAAGGGAAGUGUGACCAGGAAACUGGGAAAUGCACCUGCCAUGCGAGUUACUGGGGAGCACAGUGCAACAACAACUGUUACUGCAGCAUCAACUCGGUGUGCGAACAGACCUCGGGACGAUGCGUCUGCAAUCCGGGCUGGUUUGGCCGUAACUGCGGAGCGCAGUGCAACUGCAACAACUCACCCUGCGAGCAGUUCACGGGCCGAUGUCAGUGCAGGGAGAGACUCUGGGGUCAGCGCUGUGAGCGCUACUGCCAGUGCGCCCACGGGAAGUGUAACCCGACCGAUGGUUCUUGUACCUGUAAACCCGGAUACAGAGGGAAGCUGUGCCGCGAACCUUGUCCAGCUGGGUUUUAUGGACAGAACUGCAGAAACAGGUGCGGUCACUGUAAAGGCCAGCAGCCCUGUAAGGUCACGGAGGGUCGAUGUGUGACCUGCGAGAGUGGAUGGAAUGGAACUAAAUGUGAUCAGAUGUGUGCACCAGGUUUCUUCGGAGAGAACUGUAUGAAAGAAUGUCCACCGUGCAAAGACGGUCACUACUGCAACCGCAUAGAUGGCAAGUGCUCGCACUGCAAUCCCGGCUGGAUCGGAGAUCGCUGUGACGUGCGCUGUCCCAACGGCACCUAUGGAGAAAACUGUGAGAGAGAUUGCAGCCAUUGUUUCAAUGGAGACUGUCACUUUGCCACAGGAGAGUGUCUGUGUGACCCUGGAUUUUAUGGCACAUACUGCAACCUGACAUGUGAAUUUGGUCAGUUUGGAGUGAACUGCGCCCAGACCUGUCCGUGCCACGACAAGAACUGCAACCCAGUCUCAGGGGCCUGCAAUCUAUAUCCUAACCAGCGGAUGGGAGUUAUAGCUGCAGGAACAUUAGUGACGUUCCUGUUUAUCGUCCUUCUCUCCCUGCUGUGUUGCUGUUUUAUCUGUAGUAACAAGAACAAUCGCAACGCUGACCAGGAAAACUCCACCAACAGCAAGAAGGCCAAAAUAAUCCUCUGUGGUGGGUUCAGUCGAAUCAGCACCAAACUUCCCAGAAUCCCUCUAAGGAGACAAAAACUACCUAAAGUUGUUGUCACCCACCAUGACCCAGAAAACACCUUCAACAGUAUUAUUGAGCCACCCUCCGUGAUGGACCAACCUUCUCCGUCGUGGUCGUCCCAGGAGUCCUUCUCUUCCUGCGAGACAAGCGAAGACGACCAUCAUUACUCCCUCCCACCUGAAGAAUCUAUGAAUGACAGUUGUGAGAAAGGAAGUGCUGCUCAAGAACUCUCAUCAACAACCAAUGAAGAUGAUGCUGGAGAGUACACGUCCCUCAAAGACACCAUAAAGACGUCAGUUAAUGAUGGUUCCGAGCAGCCACUCCUGAAGUUUUCAGACAGCGAGGGGUCCACCAGCGGUUCCGAGUCCACCAUGGGCGCCGUUUACGCUCAUAUAGCCCGUCUUUCAAAACACUCCAAAGAGGAGGAGGAAAGUUCGACACCAGAGGUCAAAGGUAACGGCAAAGCACCAUCUCCAGAGAAGACAAAACCUCGUCCUCCUGACCCUUCAACCAAACCGAAGGUAUCUUGGAUCCAUGGAACAGCUGGAAGCAUCCAAUCAGAGCAAGGCCAGACUCCGACAGCGCAAAACGAGAAGAAGAGCUCUGGAAAGGUUGAUGAGAAACAGAGGUCAAAAGAGAAGUCGAGCAAGAACAUUGAGAAGCAUCAAGACAGCAAGAAGGCCAAUGGAAAUGAAUCCCCAAGCAAAAGCAAAGCCUCUGAAACCAUAGACCACCUCAAUGGAACGUUACAAAAUGCCUGGAAGAAAAUUGGCAACUUCCACUCGGACAAGAAAGCCAACGAUACCAUUAAAGAUCCGCCCAAGAGUCCAAAACUCAUGCAUCCGCACAUGAACUCCGAGGCUGCCACCCUACUGGCCGCUCAGCUGAAGGAGAAGACCCAGAGCCUAAAUCGUAAUGAGGGUCUCACGGUGGAGGUCAAAUCCAAUGGCAUCUCGACCCCUCAAAUCAACAAAGAAAAACCGACCCCACCUCAAAAGACCAAGCGUUCUGUUACGGGGAGCAACAAACCCCUCCUGCCCACCUCCAGUAACCUGCAGAAGAUGGUGACCCCUAUUUCAGACUCGACCCCUGAGCCUAAAAGUCCAGAGAAACAGGGGGUAAACGGGACCAAGGUAGAAGUGGAAGGCGAUGUCACACCAAAGAAAACACCCAUCAAGAAACCACCGAGGAAAAAAGGAAAGGAGGGAACACUGGAAACAGAAAGCAAAACCACUCCAAAGAUGGCCAUUAUGCCACCUCAGACGGUCAAAUAGAGAAGAGCUCUGCUUUAAUACUGAACCUCACACAUUUGUUUUUCUUCUUAUUAUUUUGUUUACCGAGCUCAUCUCAGUGCACUCUGGGAUUGAUCCUGUGUGAAGAAAACAUGACGCUGCCUUUCAAUUAGAUCUUUGUUCUGGAAAAGACUUUGCAGCAGCAUGCAUACUAGACUUAAUAUCAGACUUGUUGCAUCCAUUUUUUGAGAACUUGUGACAUCUUGUGAUGGAUUCCCUAUCUUUAGGAAUUGGACGAUGGACGAUGAACGAGCUGCUUAUAGGAUUUAUAAUUAUGAAGGAUUUUGGUUCUUAUUAAGUCCUGAUAACGGAAACAACACUUAACUGCUAUGACUGUACAGGUAAAAAAAGGAAGAUUUUGUAAUAAGCUUAUUCCAUUCAGUUUCGGUUUUAUCUACACCAUGAACAAAACAUUUGAACAAGACGUCAUGUUUUUGAAGGUUGGUUUUGGUAAAAGAACAAACCCAUGGUACUGAAGCGGUACAGGAUUGAUGCAAAAUAUGUUUUACUCUUAUUUUCUCUCAGGCUUAUGUGUAUGUUCAAUACAAUACGAGUGAUGUCAAAUCAUGAAAAUUCACUGUUUAUGGUCUGUUUUCAUACUUUGUAUAUUUAAAAAUAUGCAGUUUAGCCAAGGACCAGUGUUCCCCAUCCAUUUACAAUAGAACCACAUGAAAGUUCAUAGUAAUAUACUGUUAGUGUAUUAUAUAUCUGUUAGUAUUCAAUUUUAAACUCAGUGUUUAGAAUUCAUCUUGUCAGGCAGUUAUUUUUGCCAAAAUCAACUCUGAUUAGGAUACUAGUUGGCCAGCAGCUUAGACCAGCAAAACUACCUUUGUUAGUUUGGUCAAGCUGAAGAUUUCAUUUUAUCUCUUAGUAGUUAAUAACCGUUCUGAUGUGUCCGUCUAUAUCUUUUGCCAAAAUGAGAGCCAUUGGAGAAGAGAAAGAGUCGCGCCAACUUCGUUCACUGAAAUGGAACAUAUUUAUUUCACAGCAAAACAGACAGAGAGAGAUUAACUUUUAACACAUUUAAAGGCGUAAAUCAAGAAUUAAAUAAAGAAUUAAAAGACAUAAACAACUUCAUGAAGGCUCCAUGAUUCACGUGAUGCUCGAGAAUUGUUUACUUCUGUUGACACGACUCUCUCUCUCAAUCAUCAGUUAUGUGUAUUGUGAUCCAAAACCAUGGCUUGUAAAAUUCACCUGCCAUAAGCAAUAUCAUUUUUCGUCUGACAUUGCAAAUACUGUACUUUCAAACAUCAGAUUUGAAUUUCUUGCUUACAUUUGGAUAAAGAACUCCAACUCUUUUAUCACCAGUGAUGCCUAUUAUCCGUACAAAGGACUUUGUAGCAUCCAUCAAUACUUUACCAAAUCAUUCUUUGAACAACUUAAUCCAUAAAAAUGCAUUUAGUGAAAAUACAAACCAACCAUAUAUCAUUUUUUUGAACAGCAUUGCUUGAGUUUAAAUAUCUGUUAAGAGAUUGUAAUUGUCAUGUCAUAUAAUGCUCUUUAUUAUAUUUUGCAGUAUUGUUGUAUAUUAGCAUUAUGAUAGGACAUGUCUUAUAGAAGUGUUAGUUUGGCUUUUAAAUUCGUUUACUACCCAGUUAUGGACAGCAAUGCUGUGUUUUCAUCGAUUUUAGGAUAGAAGCAAGAUGCCAGUAUUAAGCAAUUUAGUCAGUGGUUCUUAAACCCUAAAAUAGAUCGAAGAGGGCCACAGAUUUUGUGGCAUUUUAUGAAAUAUAGCAAUAUAUCAAAUUUUAUGCAAUCAAUUAUCAGACAAAUAAAACCAGCAGCCAAAAUAAUUGAUGUUCCAGUAUUGUAUAACUGAAUAUAUUUUUGGAUUAACAAAAUUCUAAAUUUAAGAUUAUGGCCCAGUUUCACAGACACGGUUGAGUUUAAGACAGGACUAUCCCUAAAUUGAAUUAAGAUAUUUAAGUCACCUUUAUGUCACCAUUACCGGUGUGCAUCUUGAGACAAAACAAUGGCACUGAUAUAUUUUAAGAUAUUUCUGGGCCAAGUAAUAUGCAGUUAAGACAUGUAACGCGUUCAUUUUAGUCUGGUACUAGCUUUAAGCCUUGUCUGUGAAACCGGUUAUAUAAGUCUUUAUUUGGGGGGGUGCAAAGCGAUGCACCCUAUACAAGGGGGCCCUUACAACAAAAAAAUUUGAGAACCACUGAACUAAGGGGUACCUCCCAUUUAGGUACAACUUUAUUGAGCACAAAUUUGAGAUUAAGACUGCAGCUAAGGAUGUUGACUUGUAAAUUAAUUCUUAGCUUUGUGUGAAUGCUUUACUUUUUCUAUCCAGUUGCAGCAAAGCACCAAAAUUGUUAAGAUGACAAAAGGCCUUUUCAUUUUUUUAUCUGUUUCUUUGUUUAUUGUCCCUAACACCCCACAGCACUUGCAAAUAAUUUUUAAGCUGAUUCCAAAAAGAAAGAUGAAGGAAAAGAAAACUAGAUGGUAACGUUAGGUGGUAACCUCUAGAAUUAAACAUUCAACAUGGACCUGUAGAUCUCUUUAGAAUGUAAACAGGUUCAUGAAGACCGGAUUUUUGAUUGUGGUGUACAGUAACUACUAUUCCCUCAUAUGGUACGUUAUAUUUUUCUACAUGCUAAGAUAUUUUGUAAUAAUAUUGUUACCUACAUUUGUAAGCUGUGCUUAUAUGACGUAUAUCUUGCUUUUUUGUAUGUCAAAUGAACUGGUUUUCAAAUUUGAUGACAUUUAUUUUGCUUAUUUUAUGCGCCAACAUCAGGUACAUUCUGUUUUAAUAUCUUACUGUUUACCUUUUGAGGUUUUUCACAUUUCUCUGUGGACGUUAUUGUUUUUCUUGUUUUAGAAACGAUAAACUGUAUGAUGCAGAGGUCUAUGAGAGACGACCGUUAUCUAUGCAUGUAACCCCAUGUUCCUAUUUAUCCACGCAGGAUGUUCGACAAAAAACGACUUUUCAUGUUUUUGCACGCAGUCCAGAACAUUACAUACUGCAGUAUAUGAUUUUUUCAGAAGUUUGAAUAACAUAAACCGUUUCUACUCUGACUUUGGCGUGAGCUUGGAAGUGAAGCCUAGCCUUUAAACAUGGAGCAUUAUCAAUAACAAUCGCGUUUUUUGGUCUGAUUUGUCAUUUUAUGUUAAUGUUUGGAUAUUACCAUAUUUGAAAUAAAAAGACUG